AAAAUUCAUCUGCGUAAAUUAAAUUGAUAUUGACCAGAAAUCGAAGCAAGUCAUGCUUUAGUAUGGGGGAAAGCAAAAAUACAUUUCUUCAGCUACUAUGCUAAUAAUAUCAAAAUAAUAAAUUCUAUGGCUUAGUUACUGUAUGAAUGUUCAGUUGUUAUUUAAUAAAACGUUUAUGCUUUAAUUAUGCUUAUUUUAAGUUAGUUGUUCAUAUACAGCUUUGGGCUGUAGGUGGUGGCUGUGGUGGCGCUUUAUUGUGGUCACGUGACGCCAUCUUUGUCCAGAGAGGCAAAUGGCGUUGUUGUGGAGCUGUGCUAUUCGUCUCCUUCAAGGAAAUGACAAUUUGCCAAUUUUUCACAGCUGAAAGUUGCCGUACGGUUGUUAGAACAAGUGCACAAAUGUUCUAGCUGCAAGUUUGUAGUGCGUCCGUGUCUUUCUGUGUCCUCGCCCAAAUUUAGCCGCUAAAUGAUUGAGCUAAACACACGUGGAUUUGUGUACAUUCUCAUCUUCAUUCAAGUCCGCUCUUAAAGUACUUGCCAGGAGCAUUUCUGGCUCUCUGUCAGGCAUCGUAGUGUUUUAAGUAGUUGAAUAAUAGCGAUGGUAGUUAAUAUUGCAGCUGCUCGCAUGAAAGGGGCGUUUCGAUUAGCUAAAAAGUGCAAUGUAAAUGUCCUGUUUACGAAGUUGACGCUUCAGCCGAGACUGGAGAACGUUGUUUCUAACAGCCGUUCAUGCAAGGUGAAGGAAUGACUUGAAGGCCUGAAAUGUCUGAUGCUCGCUUCCAAAACCUCUUGUCACGUGAUGAGACACUUUUGGACAAAAACCACACAGUGAGCGAGAUGCUCAGCAAACCAGCUGCAUCCUGGGAGGAACAGAAGUUCGGUGUGGAAAAUGUCCCAGUAGGGCAGACGACGCCAUUCCUGUCACCACCACAGACUGUUGGUCCAGAUCCUGUGCAUGAUUUGCCGGCUGAGUUGCUGCAAGUGGGAUGGCGGCGCUUCUGGAGCAAGCGUGAAGGUCGGCCUUACUUCUUCAACAAGCUCACAAAUGAGUCUCUGUGGGAAAUGCCACGGCUCAGCACACCAGCCCAGUAUGACCCCCUUACUGACCCACUGGGAAUCCAGGGACCUCCAACCCCUGUGGACCCAGGAACCCCGCCUGGACCGUCGCACCUUCUUCUCCCAUCUCCACCACCAACGUCCAGCCCAGUGCUUCUGCCUCGAGCUGACAAACGACGAGCAUCUGAUGAUGCUAAUCCAGCAGCAGCCAAGAAAUUUGUGCUUAGUGGGCCAUUUGAUCUGGAAGUGCCAACCAAUGUUGUCAUCUGGGAGCGAUCUCCAACACUAAUGCCUCCACCACACCCUGAUGUGGAAAACUUGCGCUCUACACUCACCACCCGUCUGCGAAACAACUAUCAUGAAAUGUGCCACUCAAGAGAAGGAAUUGAGUGUCCAAAAGAAUCUUUCAUACGAUGGCUGAUGGAGCGCAAAGUUGUGGACAAGGGCCACGAUCCAUUGCUGCCAAGUGCGUGCCAUCCAGAGGUCUCGCAGUGCAUGUACCGGGAAAUUAUGAACGACAUCCCCAUCAAGCUUGUGCGACCAAAGUUUGCUGGGGACGCUCGCAAGCAGCUCUCCAAGUAUGCCGAGGCAGCCAAGAAGAUGAUUGAGUCACGCAAUGCAAGUCCAGAAAGUCGCAAGAUUGUGAAAUGGAAUGUUGAAGAUGCAUUUCACUGGUUGAGAAAAACGUUGAAUGCCACUUAUGAUGACCAUUUGGAACGCCUGGCCCAUCUGAAAAAACAGUGUCAGCCACAUUUAGUCCAGGCAGCCCGUUCUUCAGUGGAAGGGAUAUGUGCCAAAAUAUAUCAUAUGUCUGUCGAAAAUGUGAAGAAGAUACGGGAAAAGCAUUGGAUCAUUCUCAACCAGCAUGGCAUUGAAGAAAUCACAAGCCCAUUGCACGUGGCAAACCCCAAAAAAGUGUUCUGCUAUCCAGUCCAGUUUGCCAUCUCAUCACCUCGGCUGCCAGCAGUGGAUGUGCUCACAGACAAGGACAGCACCCUCCUGCGCUACAAAGGAGAAGUUGUGCGCAUCAACACAUUGUACUUUCAGAAACUUGAGCAACUUUACAGGUGGAACUGCACAGAUGACAGGAAGUUUGAGAACUUCCUUCCACGGGUUUGGUGCAUGCUGAAGAGAUACCAGACGUAUCUGGGCUUGUCAUCUAAUGAAGGUCAUGGGACUCAAAAUUCACUGCCUGUGCUGGUCAUGGAGAGCUUGCACAAGCAUUUUGGGGUGACUUUCGAGUGCUUUUCAUCUCCUCUGAACUGCUACUUCAGGCAGUACUGCUCAGCAUUUCCUGACACUGACAGCUUUUUUGGAUCACGAGGGUCCAUCCUGAAGUUUUUUCCUGUUGCUGGCUCUUUUGAGGUCAACCCACCUUUUUCAGAAGAACUGAUGGAGGCCACUGUGAACCACCUGGAGCGGCUGCUUACAGAAUCACAGGAAUCGCUGUCCUUCAUAGUCUUUUUCCCAGACUUUCGAGAUCCUGUUCCAGUGGCCUUGACCAAGCUUGAAGCCAGCAGGUAUAAGAGAGAGCAGCUAUUAAUUCCUGCCUAUGAUCACGAGUACAGACAUGGAUUUCAGCACAUCAUGCCAAGGAAUGAAGUAAGUGUGCGCUCGGCACAUGGGACGCACAUCAUCUUUCUGCAAAAUGAUGCUGGCUAUGCCCGGUGGGGUCCCACUCCUGAGCGGCUGGAUGCCCUGCGCGAAAGCUACCGACCAGGCCUGGACCGUGAGCGAGAUGUUGCUGCGGAGGUAGUCCCUGUGCCCUCAUUACCUUCAAAAGAUGCACCUCCAAAAGAGUCUCCUCUUGGUGCCCCUAAGUUGCUCUAAAAACUGGUAAACGUGGCUUUCCUUACUUCUCGUCAAAGGAGAAUUACAAUAGUAGACACUUAGCCAGGUGGUUGCUUCUAAAAUUUGAAAUGUAAGCCAGUUAAGGAUACCCAGCUGCAGCUACUACAUUUGCACGACUCAGCACAGUGCAGUUUUGUCUCCCUGCUCUGGCUCCACAGUAUCCAGAUAACUUGCCAAGCACUUUACAUCUCUGCUAGCAUCUUGUUAUGCCACUGUUUUGGCUAUAUGCAACAUCACUUGCUGUCUAUUGUCGAUUCCUAAGAUAGCUAAUGUAAAGUGAGAACUUGUAGAGCAUUAUUUGUUGGGCGAGUAUUUACCACAUUAUUCACUGGCUAUAAAAUUUAUUGUUUAUGCUAAAGUAUCAUAGCACAUACAAAAAAGCCAGACUUUAUGGAAGGAGUGGUGUGGAUGCAUUGUUAAUUCUUCUUGUAAUUUGUUUUAUACUUUAAAGAUUGAUUUUACCUAUACCAGUUAUGUUGCAUUGAUCGAAAUUUUAUGUAACAGCACUCUUAAGUGGGCCAAUGUAGCCAAAACCAGAUAUAUUGAAUGCUAAGGGGUCAUGAAUAGUUCAUAUUGAUAAAAGAUGUCUGAAUAAUGUUUAUCUUAGCACUAAUUUAAACCUCUGCCAGUCUGCAAUACUUUCCUGAUAUCAUGAGAGAGAGUGUGAUUUGUGGUGCAUAGUGUGGAAUGGCAUGUACCAAUCCUUCAUAGCCUGGUGGCUAUUGGCUGCAUAGCAUGUUUUCUUUACGUAAUGUGCACCAUGUACGCUGUCUUUACAUGGUGUAGGGAGACAUAUUAUUGUGGGCACUGAGUGCCUUCACAGUUCCCGCUGGUUUCCUUUCAACAAUGAUGGCACCUAGGCAGAAAGAGAGUGUUAUAGGCAUGAAAGAAAUUUAUUUUGUGCAUAAAAUAUGUAACACCUAGUUAAUACAUUUACAGUGGACUCUCUUUAAACGGAACCUUAAAGGACCAGGAAAAUUGGCUCCAUUUAUCUGCAGUUCUAUUUACCGAGAGACAAAGCUGAAUACAAUUGCAUGAAUACAAAACCAACCAACCAUAAGGAUGGUGUUCUGUUUAAGAGGCAGUUCCGUUUAAGUGAUUUCCGUUGAUCGAGAUUCCACUGUAUGUCAAAAUUGACAACCUGUCGCAGCGCUAAGCCUAAAUGCUCAUUUACAUCAGCCACAAAGUGCCUCUACAGCAAGUCUUUGUACACAAAGGUUUAUCUCACUCCAUCAAGCACCACCUUUUGGAUGGAAGCAUUGAGGGAAAAUGGCCACAAAGCCAUGGUGCAGAAUUUCAUUUGAUUACUAGAAUACCGUAUGUUCUUGUGUAAGGGCCGCGCCCUCAAAUUUAGAUUGAAAUAUUUUUGAAAAAGGUAUUUCAGAAAUUAUUCAUGCAUAGGCUGCACACGCCCUCCGAAGCACAUACCGUAUUUACACGACUGUAAGUCAACUAGAAUAUAAGCC